UUGGAGAACGCGUCACGAUACAUCCAAAGGCGUGCUUCUAUAUUCGACACAUAGCGAGGGUUUUUUUAUUUUGCAAUUGCUUUUCAAAUUCCAGUAAGUAAAUUUUUAAGUAGGCGACGUGUGGUGCAGUGUCGCCACGUUUCGCACGAACAGCAAAAACCGACGCAGGAGGAAUCCAGAAGUUUUUUAAAAAAUAUCUUCAAUGGACAUGUGUGCCAAAUUUUGCCAUUUCUUCGACCCCGUAUAAUACGAUAAAAAAACAUUCAGUAGGUGGACCGUCCCGGUGUCCUACAGGUUCGACGCGGGCGUCGGCGUCGCGUGGUCGGACGGCGACGCAGGUGUGACAACGUGACUUUUUAAAAAUAACCAGCGUGAGACAGAACACACGAUUUUUAGUUCACCUCGAGCGCAAAGAGGGCGCCAAGUGGGUUAUAUUCAACAGCGUCGAGAUGCCGGGCCCCUACAUAGUCGACUACGGCGACAAGCUGUGGAACGACCUGCUGACGCACAUCGACGAAUUGGACGGGUCGGAACUGCAUGGUCUGGCCGCGAACGCGGGCGUUCUGUAUUUGAUGCGUCUCGUCGGUUGUGACGUCAUCUUCACUCUGCUGGAGAGAGAUAGAAGCCUGUUCUCCACGCUGUUCGAGGUCGUCGUGGACAUGGCCAGUCGGCUGGUGUGCAUGGAGGAUCGCUAUCGGAUAUUCGAGAAGUACGUCAAAACGAAAUCCAAAUAUACCACGGAGCUGCUCGAGUUGCUCAACAUCGCGUGCAGAGGAAAAGAGAUCGACGUCGCGAACGGUCACGCGGAGAACUGCGGCAAGUGGAUAGAGACGAAUUUGGAAAAGUUCGUGAAAAAUAAAUAACUCCGGAA